CAGCCGGCCGACAGGCAGCGGCCCCCGGGCGCGGGGUUCGUCCGGGAGGGCGCCCCGGUGCACAGAGGGGACGUGCCCGGCCGGUGCAGAGAGGGGAGGUCCACCGGCCCGCCCGCAGCCCGCGCCCGACUGGGGCGCCCCCUCCGUCCCACACCGGGAGCGAUGCCCCCCACCCCUCGCGUCCCCCGGGAACGAGGCGAGCAUGGAGAAGUCGAGUAGCGAGGAUUCUUCGAUCCACCGGAGUCCAUCUUUGGACAGCAAGGACUCGGACUUUGCCAAGCCGUCCACCUCGGGCCGCCCGUUCGGCCGCGGCUUCACGGCCGGCGCCUUCUACGGCACUGCGGGUUCCCGGGGCCAGAGCCGCGCCGAGGCCGGCGUUAAGACCGACAAGUACAAUGCGCCCAAAGGCAGCAAGUACGUGGUGUUUUACCUGGACCUGUCCUUUGUGUUCCUCCUAGAAUUUAAGAAGUGCAACAUGGCCAGGGGCUGCCUCUGCUGCUUGAAGUACAUGAUGUUCCUCUUCAAUUUGAUAUUCUGGCUCUGUGGCUGUGGGCUGCUUGGAGUGGGCAUCUGGCUCUCCGUGUCCCAGGGCAACUUUGCCACCUUCUCCCCCAGCUUCCCCUCGCUGUCUGCAGCCAACCUGGUCAUCGCCAUCGGCACCAUUGUCAUGGUGACGGGCUUCCUCGGCUGCCUAGGGGCCAUCAAGGAAAACAAGUGCCUCCUGCUCAGUUUUUUCAUCGUUCUGUUGAUCAUCCUCCUGGCAGAGCUGAUCUUACUCAUCCUCUUCUUUGUCUACAUGGACAAGGUAAAUGAGAGUGCCAAGAAGGACCUGAAGGAAGGCCUGCUGCUGUAUAACACCGAGAAUAAUGUGGGGCUGAAGAAUGCCUGGAACAUCAUCCAGGCCGAGAUGCGCUGCUGCGGUGUCACCGACUACACGGACUGGUACCCAGUGCUGGGGGAGAACACGGUUCCCGACCGCUGCUGCAUGGAGAACUCCCAGGGCUGUGGGCGCAACGCCACCGCCCCCUUGUGGUGGAGAACGGGCUGCUAUGAGAAGGUGAAGAUGUGGUUUGAUGACAACAAGCAUGUGCUUGGCACGGUGGGGAUGUGCAUCCUUAUCAUGCAGAUCCUGGGCAUGGCCUUCUCCAUGACGCUCUUCCAGCACAUCCACCGGACUGGUAAAAAGUACGAUGCGUGACAGGCUGCCUGGGAGCGCCGGCCCCCACCUGGACCCUCUGCGUGAGGGGGGAGGACCUGAGCUUUGUGUUGCCUGCCGCACUCUAGACUGUGACCCUGCACCUGCCUCCCCCAGCUGGCCCCCUGCCCACCCGCCUUGGCCUCAGACUUCUGGUGGGCAGAGGCCGGGCACCCGGCACCUGGAUUCCUGCAUCUGUACCUGUGUAUUUGCCAAAGACGCUGGAGUGGGCUGGGGGAUGCACUCCAGAAGGAGCCCGCAGCACUGAAGGAUUUCUGCCCCCUGCCCUUCCUUACACUGACGCUUCAUCCUGCCCCACGCUGGGUGGGGCACAGAGUGCUACCCACCCCCCAUAGAGAGACUGUUCCAGCACCUGGGGGAGCGCUGGUGGGGGCAGUCUGGCUGCCUCCAGGCAAGGCCUCAGGAGCAUCUUGCCCAGGCUUUUUAUACCUUACAGUGUAACUUUUUUAUUUCAUUUUACUCUAUGAUUAUUCAGGAAUAUUAUCUCUCAGAUAAGUUUAGGGUUAGCUUUCUGAUUUGUAACUUUUUACCGUGUUGAUUUCUUUAAUGGUUUGAUUUUUUUCCCGAGGGUGGGUGACAGGUGGGGAGAGAGGACAUCCAUCCUGUGGCGGUCAGGACGAUCCACUGUGACCCUCAUGGGGGAGGACACAGGCCAGGCUUUGCUGGGCUGCAGAGAAGGAGGGAGCAUGGCUGGGCUGUGGGGCCCCUCCAGACCUGGUGUCUGUGGACAGGAGCCCGGGAGAGGCAGGGGGCAUGGAGGAGCACGGAGUGAGCCCACAGAGCCCCCUUGCACAGGGCGAUGGUAUUUGCCAACUAAGUGAGAGAGGCCAGGGCAGCCAGGGGUCUCCGGGGGGCCGGUGGAGCACUUUGCCAGGAAUGCAGCCAGAGCUGGCAGGGUCCUCACUUUUCACUGAUGAGCAGCUUUGAGUUUCUCCUCCUUCCGUCCUCCGGCUUCCUCUUCCACCUCAUGUGGGCGUUUCUGCUACAGGUUCUGCAAACCCCAGUCACUUUCACAGACAUUCCUGCUAGAACUCUCAAAUACCUCUCCAGUUCAAAUGCUGCUCACUUUCUCACCCUGCUUCUGGAAGGGGAAGCAGUCCUUACAGUUUGCUGCUCAGACAGUGGCAGAGCACCCGUGGCCGUCAGGAAGGGGAGGCAGAUCUGGUGCCCCUGGUCGUCCCCACCAGGCAUCCUCACUGCUGCUUGCUGUGCCGGGAGGGAGAGAAGGAAGGAUGGCCCUCUGGGGCCCAGGAUCCUCGCCUCCUUCCUGGGGCUCACUCAUAGCAGCAGUGGAGUGGACAGUGAUCACAUCCUGUGUGAUCCCAAGAAGCCAUACAGAAAACCCGAAUGAGGCCAGACUGGAUCUUGUGACAGUGGCCCCAGAAGGAAGGCAGCCUGAGUCAUGUGCAGACCGGGGUGUGUGAGAUGAACAGGCGAGCGAGUGUUCAACUGCAGCAGGACGUGCCCGCCAGAAUGGAUGCUGGUCUGGCUUAAUGUUUUGCAGUUAGGAAAAAAAAAUCAAGCAUCUGUGGGACAGAGCUUGAAAAGGCUGCCCCUGGCAAACUUGCUCCAGUGCCCUUCCGUGGAUAGGGCCUGUGUGGGAUGGCUGCCUUUUUCCUGCACUAUUUGGCUUGUUGCCUCGAUUUCCCACUAGGUCAGGUCUCUUCUCUAGCCUCCACCUGCCUGUCUGUUCUAAGAGCUGAGAUAUGGCCUCCCAGCCAACCAGCAACUCCUCCAUUCUGCUUAAGUAAUGUAGAAAUCGGGACCAGGAGUACAGAACGUUUGGUGCAUUCAGGAUUCAUGUUUUUGGGGAUGGGAGUGGAAAGCAGAGUGGGCUCAGCAAGUGGGGCAAAGACCACCUCCCCAGGACAGGAGCAGGUGCUGAUGGGAAAUGCUGGGAGGGCAGGGCCUGGGGUGGAGGAAGGCAGAGGUGCCUUCCCUCGUGCUCUGGCCUGUCUUCCUGGUAAGGAGCUCCAGCCGCCUCCCUGGGAAUCCCAAAACAGAGUGCAGAGUGACACUCCGCAAACAAGUGUUCAGGUUGCCCAGUAGGACCUGGUGCAUUGUGAGUUUUUGCUGUGGGUGGGGGAGGGAUGGAUUUGUUUAUGCCUAUCAAUGCAAUUUAAGAUUUUUGUUAGUAUCAACAGAAAAGCCUAGUGCAUUGGGAAUUGUAUAGCUUCCCUGGCAAUCUUACCUUUCUGGAGUGCUAUAGGGGUGUCCUCUGCCCCGGAGCCUUUGCCACAGUCCUCUCUCCCCAGCCCCACCUCAUCGUCUGUUUGUAGAGCCUUGGCCACAAGCCCCACAUGGCCUUGCUGCCCUGCACUGUGCUUGGCUCUUAGUCACUGGGCUGAGUCUACAUUGGGCGGAAGUCUCCGUGUGCAGGGUGAGUGUGCUUCAAGCCCCCUGUCCAUCCUGUGGAAUGGUCCCCACACACCCACAAGGCCACACCGAUGGAUGCCCAUGAAGGUGGCUCAGUUUUCUGUUUCUCCUGACGGUGAUCUCAUUGGGGCAGAACUCUGAGUGAGUGUCCUCACUUGGGCUUCCCUUGCCAAAGUCUGAGUUAGUUCAGUCAGGUCUGAUGUAAGCAGUUUCCAGACUUGACUCAGCGAGGCCUGUAGGGUUUGUAGACGACUUCACGCGAGCAUCUGACAUACAUACAGACUUUCUCCCUGCAGCCAGCUUGCAGGGGGCUGAGCAGGCAGGGGCUGAGCACUGCCCUCGGGUGGUGGGCAGCAGGUGUCUGGGUGCACGCCCCCCAUGCUGGAGCAUUGCCACCCCCUCUCCCUGCCAGCACCAGCCUGCGUCUAGAGCUCUCAUGCUGGAAAGGUUGUGGACCCCCCCCCUCCACUCCUCCAUGUCCUGACUUGGAACUCGGUGGCUGCCACUCCAGGCUUUGAUGGCCUGAGAGCAGUCCAGCUGGAUGGAAGAGACUGUCCCCUCCUCUCCAGCCCCCUGCCCACCCACUGGUGGAGGUGCUAACUAGCAGGGACGUGGCAUAGGAAGGGAGCUGGGUGCCAGGUGCUUGGGGUCCGUUCUUUGUCCCUCAGCCCUGCAGGGUCUGGCCGGCACCUCCUGUGCUUCUGUUCUCCCAGCUUCAUUCUCUCCACCACAGUGAGGCAUAGUCCAAGGCGGGUCCGGCCUCCCUGCCCCGAAUGGGCACUUGGGAGGCAAGGCUUUGGGUGCCUCCCUCACCAGUGCCUCUUGGGAGAGCAGGGAGGACGUACUUGCUGGUUCCACAUGCUCUUUUCUGCUUAUGAUGCUGUAUCUGUGUGUUUCCCCCAUCCUGGUCCUGGCUUUGUUGAACACCAUGUUUUUAGCAUGUUUUUAAAU